AUGCCAUCUGAAAGUGUGGACCCCACCUUCAACGCUCAGAAGCACUAUCCAGGGUUCACAGCAGAAGGUCAAAGUACACCUGGAAAUGCAGAGGCCUCAGACCCGCCUCCACCUAAUUCUGAUCUUCACCCAAAUAACCAAGAAAGUACUCUGAGUCAUUCUCACAUGGAAACUAGCAUCUUUAUGCCUCGACCUCAAGCCAUGGACUCCUCCAGUUAUGCCUCCACCAGUGCUGGACUGAAAUAUCCUGAAAGUGGAGCAGACCCCCUCCUUCCCACAGAGCAGAUGCAGACAGGGCUGAGUAAUCAGACGACAGUGAUUGUGAAAAUUUGA